AUGAACCGACCAAGAAACUGUGCGGUUGGGUAUGUAGACCCAUAUAACGAUUGUACAAAAUGUCCGGAUGGUUGUAGCUUAUGUGACUCCACGAAUAUGAUAUGUUCGUCUUGUCAACUUGGAUAUUAUAUGACAACUCAAACACUUGGGUCAAAAAUAUGUUUAAAGUGUAAUGAUAAUUGUGAGUAUUGUUCUGAUGGAUUAACUUGUACGAGUUGCAAAGAAGGGUUUCUUUUGACAAGCUCAAUGUGUGAAAAAUGUGAAAAACAAGAAGGUUGUAUUCAUUGCCAAAAUGAAUGCUUACAAUGUCAAAAUGGUUUUUAUUUGAAUGCUGGGAGAUGUGUAAAAUGUGCCAAUUGUCUUAAAUGUGACAAAGAAACGUGUCACAUAUGUUCAACGGGUUAUACUCCAACAACAACAUCUUCAUGUGAAAGGUGUGAAACGGUUUAUAAUAACUGCGAAAUGUGUAGUGAAUCAAGUAGUCGUUGUCUUACCUGCAAAAAUGGUUAUUCUCUUCACAACAACAAAUGCGUUCAAUGUAAAGAUGCAAGUCCCAAUUGUAGUGAAUGUUCUACUUUCAAUUCGAAUUGCUUCUUUUGUGACAAGGGGUACAUCUUAGUUGAUAAUAGAUGCGUUUUAUCUUCAAUUGCAAUUCCAAAUUGUUUUUUGGGUAAUCGCGAAGAUUUUUCCUGUUUAGAAUGUACAGCUCCAUUUGUUCCUUCAGAUGAUAAAACACAAUGUUUAGACUGCAAAAAUUCUUUACAAAAUUGUUAUGAAUGUAGUCAAGAAGAUUUUAAAUGUAAAGUCUGCCAACCAGGAUUUGGGCAAAACACACUUUCUCGUUGUGAAAAGUGUACUAACGACAACAACAAUUGUGUUCCUACCAUUGAAGGUAAGUGUAACAAUGGAGGCUCCCCCUUUGAACAGUUUUGUGCUGAUUGCAGACUAUCAUUUCCACAUUGUGAAUUGUGUGACCCAUCAAAAUGGGGUUGUAUGGAUUGUGAUGAUGGAUAUGUUUUUGUUGAAGGAAAGUGUGAAAUGUGUUCGAUUCCCAAAUGUAUAAAAUGCUCCACUAAUUCAAAUUUGUGCAUUGAAUGUGAAAAAGGAAACUAUUUAGAAAAUGGAAUUUGCGUAAAAAGUUGUGUGAGUGAUGAAUUGUGUAUCAGGUGUCAAAACUCAAAGUGUUCAAAUUGUAAAAUUGGUUAUGGUGUUUUUUAUGGUGAUUCUAAGUGCCAUCAGUGCCACGUGGAAAUGGGUAAUUGUAUUACACCUAAUACUGAAAGAAGAUGUCAAAAAGGAUUUUUCCUUUCAGAUAAUUAUUGUUGGGAAACAAGUCUUUAUAAGACUGAAUGUGAAGAAGCUUUUAAUUCAAAUGACAAAUGUAAUAUUUGCAAAAGGGGGUAUGGUCUCAAUCCACAAGGACAAUGUGUACAAUGUGAAUCUGGAUGUUUGAGUUGUUUGAGAGAUUACACAAAAUGUGAACAAUGUAAGAAUGGAUUUUCAAUUCGAAAUAACAAAUGUAACCAUUUUGACACAAAGUUGUGUGUUUAUGAUUCACCUAUUAUUGGAUGCACCACUUGUAAAUCAACAAUAAAAAUAGCAGCAACUGGGAAGUGCGAACAAUGUAAAGAAGAAGGUUGUGAAAUUUGUGAAGAAAAUGGAUGUCUUCAGUGUCAAAGCGGGUUAAAAGUAAAUCCAAUAACCAAAAAAUGUGAAGAAAUUGGUGUAGAAUACAAUUGUGCUGUUUAUGAAUAUUCAAGUUGUAAAGAGUGUAUUGAUGGCUAUUAUAGAAAUGAAAAGAAUCAAGAAAAUGUAAAGUGUAUUCCAUGCACUGGAAACGCGAAAAAGUGCCAUUAUAAUGCCGAAACACAAGGUCAGGUAAUCAUUGUGUGUGAAGCCAAUUACAUCUUAAAAGAUGGAGUUUGUACUACAGUAGAUAAUUGUAAACAAACAACUCAACAAUCAUGUGUGAAGUGCAAGGAGAAAUUUUAUCUUGAAAAUGCGACUUGUGUUGGUUGUUCUGAAAAUUGCAAACAAUGUUAUAAGGACAAGUGUUUACUUUGUGAUGACAGCUUAACACUUCUGAAUGGUAUGUGUAUCAAAGAUGAAAAAUGUAUCAAAACAAGUUUCGGCUUAUGUAUACUCUGUGAAAAUGGAUAUUUUGUUGAAGAUGCUUCAAAGAAAUGUGUGAAAUGUUCUGAAAAUUGUCAAAUAUGCAAAGCAAUUGAAAAAUGCAACCGAUGUAACAAAGAUUUUGUUUUAAUUGAUGGAACAUGUAAAAUGCCAGAAUCAAUUUCAAAAUCUCUCUCAACGUUUGUAUAUCAAAAAUUAAAGACUGAAAAAGUUAACAACAAAAUAUUAAAUCCAAAUUGUGAAAAAGAAAAUGAAAAUGGGUGUCUUCGUUGUUUAAAAUCGUAUUAUCUUGUUGAUUUAACAUGUAAACCAUGUUCUUCGAAUUGUAACAAAUGUUCAGAUGAAGCAAUUUGCUUGAAAUGCGCUCCGGGGUAUUCAACAAAAGGUGGUAAGUGCGACAAAAAUGAUGCAAAAGACAACUGCAAAGAGAGAGCAAUUGAUGGUGCCAUCUGUGUAUCAUGUGAAAAGGGUUUUAUAAUUGGAAGUGAAAGAAAAUGUAUUCAGUGUAACGAGGGAUGUUCCAAUUGUGUCGGUUCAAAUAGUCGUUGUGUCUCAUGCGAAACCCACUUCUAUCAAGUUGGAUUUACAUGUUUGAACACUUCUUCAAUUGAACAUUGUUAUCAUGGUGGCGAGAAACAAUGUGAUAAAUGUGAUGAAGGGUAUUUUCCAUCGGGCACUCGUUGCAUUCAAUGCGACAGUAAAUGCAUUCAAUGUGCUAACAUCAAGACUUGUGAAAUUUGUAAAGAUGAUUUGAUUCUUUUACAAGGUGUGUGUAACCCACUUUAUACAGUACAAAAUUGUGCACAUGCUUCUUUCGGGAGGUGUAUAAAAUGCGAAAGAGGGUUUUACUUAAAAGGUUUCAAUUGUAAAUCACUUCUGACAAUUGAAAUAAUUGUUGGGAUUGUCGUCGGUAUUUGCUUCUUCUUUAUUGUAUUUAUAACCAUCGCACUUGUUCUUCUUUUCGUUGUAUUAAGAAGAAACAAAAAAGAACAUGUAAAGAAAAUAAAUAUGUCUAAGACAAAUUACAGCUUUGUGAAAAUCCCAGACAGUCCUCUUGGUGUGACCAAAACACGGCUUGAAUUUAAUGACCUGGACGAGUUUAUUGGAGUAGAUGAAACGACAACAGAAUUAAUUUGUGUUGGAAAUUAUGGGAAGCACAAAAUCAAACUCCAGUUAAGUUGUGCAGAGAGUGAAAAAUUUUCAUUGGAAAUCUCUCCAAAACUGGUGGUUUUAUCAACAGACAAAGCAUGUGAAUUUGAAGUCAAAAUCAAUCCAAAGUGUAGUUGUAAAAUAAAAACUAAGGUGACUAUAAUUUUCAUUAAUUUACGAACAAGCUCUGAAAAGAGUAUUGAUAUCCCAAUAGAGACGGAAACGCUUCUAACAACACGACUUGACUAUGAUGAGUUGAAAGAGAACCGUAUUUUAGGCCAAGGUUCAUUUGGUGUAGUGUAUUUGGGUGAAUUCAGAGGUAAUGAAGUUGCCAUUAAAAAGAUGAAAAACAUUCGAUUAAGUGAAAGUGCAAGUGCAAUUGAAGAAUUUAGUCGUGAAGUAUCGAUGUUAGACAAAUUCCGGUGUGAUUAUAUCGUUCAUUUCUAUGGCGCAGUCUUUAUACCAAAUAAGCGAUGUAUGGUGACUGAAUUUGCUAAACAUGGUAGUCUCCAAGACUUGAUUGACAAGAAGAAUACAGAAAUUACAUGUGAACAACAAAGAAUGAGGAUAUGCCAUGAUGCUGCAAAAGGGAUACAAUAUUUACAUACAAAUGGGAUAUUACACAGAGAUAUUAAGCCAGACAACAUUCUUAUUGUGUCACUUGAUUUGAACGAAAAAAUAUUUGGCAAAUUGACUGACUUCGGAUCUUCAAGAAAUUUGAACAUGUUGAUGACUAACAUGACUUUCACUAAAGGUAUAGGCACUCCAAAAUACAUGGCGCCUGAAAUUUUAAAUCGAGAACAUUAUAAAGCGUCUGCAGAUGUCUAUUCGUUUGCAAUUACUAUGUUGGAAUGUUUUAGUUGUACAGACGCUUUUCCAAACGAAGACUUUAGAUUCCCUUGGGAUAUUGCAAUGUUUGUGUCUUCACAAAAAAGACCAGAAAUAAGAGGAAUUAAUCAAAACAUUGGACAGUUAAUAAAAAUGUGCUGGAAACAAGACCCAAAUGAUCGACCACAAAUCGGGGAUGUAGUGUCAACUUUUGAAAAACUGACAAAAUUUAAUUGA